AUGUCUGACGGCGAAGUCGAAGUCGAGGCCGUCCAGGGCUACCCGGUGCUGCCCAAGGAAGUGACAGCGGAGAUUGGCUCCACCAAGCUGUUCAACAAGUGGUCCUACGAGGAUGUCGAGAUCCGGGACAUCUCCCUCACCGAUUACAUCCAAAUCCGCCAGCCCGUCUACAUCUCCCACAGCGCCGGCCGAUAUGCCGUCAAGCGUUUCCGCAAGGCGCAAUGCCCCAUCAUCGAGCGCCUCACCAACUCGCUCAUGAUGAACGGCCGCAACAACGGAAAGAAGCUCAUGGCCGUGCGCAUCGUCGCCCACGCCUUUGAGAUUAUCCACAUCAUGACCGACCAGAACCCCAUCCAGAUCGCCGUUGACGCCAUUGUCAACUGCGGUCCUCGCGAAGACAGCACACGUAUUGGAUCCGCUGGUACCGUCCGUCGCCAGGCCGUCGAUGUCUCCCCACUCCGCCGCGUCAACCAGGCCAUUGCCCUCCUCACCAUCGGUGCCCGCGAGGCCGCUUUCCGCAACAUCAAGAGCAUUGCCGAGUGCUUGGCGGAAGAGCUCAUCAACGCUGCCAAGGGUAGCAGCAACAGCUACGCCAUCAAGAAGAAGGACGAGUUGGAGCGUGUGGCCAAGAGCAACAGAUAG